UGAAAUAACUCUGUUAUAUUUAGUCUUAUUUUGUCUCCAGUAAUAUAAUGUCUUUUAUUAUGCUUUUUUAUAAAAAAGACAGCAUUUGUUAUAAAAGAAUUGUUACUGUAAUAUAUUUAAGCAUAAUUUCCCCUCUAUUAUUAUUUGAUUAUACGUUUCGUGCGUGUAUAUAUAUAUAUGUAUUUACGUAUGUAUGAUAUGUAUGUACACAUCACACACGAAUAUGUACACAUAUACGAAACUCGAUAAAUUACAAAAUUGGAUUUUUUCUUCUACAAAACAUAAGAUAUGUUAUUUGCUUUUUAUUACAUAACAAUGUGUAUUCAUAUAGAUACAUAUUUAUAUUAUUUUGCAAAUUAAUUUUUUGUUUCACAAAUAUCUGCUUAAUAAGUCAUAAAUGUAUCUACUCUCUUUUUUUUUUUAUUUAUACAGUUUUUUGACCUUACUGCAAAAAAAAACAAAUUAAAUAAGAAUUUUGUUAUUAGUUUAACAAAUAUUGACAAAAUGAAAUAAACACGUUCAAUACUCUAUUAAAAGUGGUUUAUACGUACAAUUCUAAAGAUAAUUCCUUAAAUGUUGACAUCAGCUCUCCUGUUACUAAUCUACAUGCAUAAAAAAAUAAGAUAACAAACAGAAAUCUAAUAAAGAGAAAGUCUAAUGUGUAUCUAAAAAAAUAGAUUAUGAAGUUCGAAAGUCUAUAAUCUAUUUUUGCCUUUUUUGCGUGAUAUGACCAUACAUAUAUUUUUUUACGUAUCUGUUUUCUGACCUUAUCAAUUACACUGCAUGAAACAGUGUAUUUAUAAUUUACAAUAAAACUAGAUAUAUACGUCAUAUGUCCAGAAGUCAAUGCCUACUGUUUUGUUAUUUUUUUGAUGCAAACAAAGAAUAUCUAUACAAGUAACUUGGAAGUGUGACAAAAGUACACAUGAGAAUAAGUGUGAUAUCAAUCGUAUAACAUUCGUUACUUUUUUAUAAACAUUAACUUUUACAAACGGCAUUUAUUUUGAUAAAUUUAAAUAUAAAUUUAAUAAAUUGGUUCGAUUGUAAUAAUAAUUUAUAUCAUGUUACGUCCAUCAUCUUUAUUAGUAGGACGACAAAUUUUAAAUCACUGUAAUCAGUUCCUAAAAAAAAACCAGCUAAUAAAACAACAAUUACGAUAUUUGAAUGUUCAUGAAAAUAUUGCAUACACUCUCCUAAAAGAAGCUGGAAUUCCAACACCACCAUUUGGAGUAGCUAAAACUCCUGAUGAAGCUGCUAAAAUAGCUAACGACCUAAAGUCACAAGAUUUGGUCGUAAAAGCACAAGUACUUACCGGUGGCAGAGGGAUGGGUCAUUUCCAAAAUACCGAUGUUAGUGGAGUUGUUAUGUGUGAAUCUGUAGAACAAGUAAAGCAGGUAUCAGAAGUUAUGAUUGGAAAAUUAUUGAUUACUAGACAAACAGGAGCUGCUGGAAGAAUUUGUAAUUCAGUAAUGGUGACAACACGCAUGUAUCCACGAAAAGAAUAUUAUCUUUCAAUCAUGUUGGAAACUAGUUUCAAAGGAAUUGUUGUAAUAGCAUCUAGUCGAGGUGGAGUAAAUAUUGAAGAAAUUGCUGCUACUGAUCCUGGUGCUCUUCAUUAUGAACCAGUUGACAUAAAUAAAGGCAUAACAGAAGAACAGAUAAAACGUAUUGUUCUAAAAUUGGGUGUUAAAGGACAAGGCAAAGAUAUUAUAACAGAAAUUGUUCAUAAUCUUUAUGAAUUAUUUAUUGAAACAGAUGCUCUACUAAUUGAAAUUAACCCACUUGCAGAAGAUAUUUGCGGCGAAUAUUAUGCUUUAGAUUGUAAAUGUAAUUUUGAUGAUAGUGCUGAAUUUAGACAGAAAGAAUUAUUUGCUCUGCAAGAUUGGUCUCAAAAAGAUCCCAAUGAAGCACGUGCAAAAAAGUUUGACUUAAAUUAUAUUCAGUUAGAAGGGAUUGUUGGUUGUAUGGUAAAUGGUGCAGGUUUAGCAAUGGCAACAAUGGAUCUUAUAAAUUUGCAUGGUGUUAGACCAGCUAAUUUUUUAGAUGUAGGUGGUGGUGCUACAAAGGAAACUAUUACAGAAGCAUUUACAAUAAUAACUACAGAUCCAAAGGUUUUAGCCAUUUUUGUUAAUAUAUUUGGUGGUAUUAUGAGAUGUGAUAUCAUUGCAGAAGGAAUCAUUGCAGCUACUAAAGAAUUGAAAACAAAUAUUCCUGUAAUCAUUAGAUUGGAGGGGACUAAUGUAGAAAAAGCAAAAAAAAUAAUAUUAGAUUCAAAAUUGAAACUUAUCUUUAUAGAUGAUUUUUUAAAAGCAGGAGAAGUAAUUGCCAAAUUUGCAACUAUUGCGCAACUUGCAAAAUCUUUAAAUUUAGAUGUCAAUUUUGUAUUAAAACCAGGUGGAAUAAAUAUGUUAUUAACAGUACAUUAUAUUCUUGCAGUGAUCAUAUAUAUUGGUUUACGUCACGUUUCAGAAAGAAACGUCAAGAAAGGCGGGGACAUAAUGGCGAAACCAGCAUUUGGUGGCAGUCUAUUGCCAACAUUUACCAAGAUGGCUACAAUGUUGUCUCGGACGAUUUCACUCGCAGAGUGUCUUACCCGAUUAAAUGGUUCCAAGAUUUUAGCCUGCAAAAGUAACUUAAAACAAACAAUAAGAAAUCUAAAUGUACAUGAACAUAUCAGUUAUAGUUUACUUAAUGAAGCUGGUGUACCUACUCCCAAGUUUGGUGUUGCAAAAACACCAGACGAAGCAGCAAAACUUGCAGCUAACUUGAAGACAAAAGAUAUUGUCUUAAAAGCUCAAGUUCUUGCAGGAGGUAGAGGAAAAGGGCACUUUAAAGAUUCCAGUAUUAGUGGUGUAAAGAUGUGUGAAACACCAGAAGAAGCAAAAACACUAGCAAGUCAAAUGUUAGGUAAAUUACUAAUUACAAAACAAACUGGUGAAGGUGGUAGAAUAUGUAAUGCCGUCAUGGUAACACAACGUAUGUUUCCGCGUAAAGAAUAUUAUUUAGCGGUAAUGAUGGAACGUGCCUUUGGCGGUCCUGUUAUAAUUGCAUCUAGCCAAGGUGGAGUAAAUAUUGAGGAAGUAGCUGCAACAAAUCCUAGUGCCAUAAUGUACGAACCUAUUGAUAUCAAUAAAGGUAUAACCAAAGAACAGGCAGACCGUAUUAUCACAAAACUUGGUCUUGAAAAUGUAAAAGAUUAUAUUUCAAAAAUUAUCAUGAAUCUUUAUCAAAUGUUCCUUAAGAAAGAUGCCCUUCUUUUAGAAGUAAAUCCUCUUGCUGAAGAUAUCAAUGGAAAUUAUUUUGCAUUAGAUUGCAAAUGUAGAUUCGAUGAUAAUGCCGAAUUCAGACAAAAAGAACUAUUUGGAUUAAGAGAUUGGACUCAGGAGGAUUCUAAAGAAGUAGAAGCAGCCAAAUUUGACUUGAAUUACAUUGCACUCGAUGGAAAUAUUGGUUGUAUGGUUAAUGGAGCUGGAUUAGCUAUGGCUACUAUGGAUAUUAUUAAAUUACAUGGAGGCGAACCUGCUAAUUUUCUUGACGUUGGUGGCGGCGCAACAACCAGUGCCGUGAAAGAGGCAUUUAAAAUUAUCACUUCUGAUUCAAGAGUGCAUGCUCUUUUAGUUAAUAUCUUUGGUGGUAUUAUGAGAUGUGAUGUUAUCGCAGAGGGUAUUAUUGCUGCAACCAAGGAACUUAGUCUUAAAAUUCCUGUUGUUGUUCGAUUGCAGGGAACCAACGUUGAUGAGGCUAAAGCUUUGAUUGCAAAUGCAGGAUUAAAAAUUGUUCCAAUUGAUGACCUUGAUGAAGCUGCUCGUGUCGCAGUAAAAUUAUCAACCAUUGUUAAACUAGCACAGUCCGAAAAUCUUAGUGUCAAUUUUGAGAUACCCGCAAUUUCAUAAUUUUUUAAUGAAUAAUGAAUAAUUUUAGUAAUGAAUAUAAAAUUUAUAUAUCAGCAAAUUAUUACUGAUAUUUGUUCAAAUAUUGUCAAAUGGUUUCAAAGAACGUUUGAAAGUAA